AUGCCCCGGAAAGUCCAUCCAUUCCUCGAGCUCUACUACACUGUCCUCGGCAAAGUAGCCAACAAAUCUGAGCACAACGUCUAUAUCUGGGGCAAGGCUAGCGAGGGCACUGUUGUGCAUGAUGCGGCACCACCAGCAAAGAAACAUAAAGUAGUUCAGAAGGCCAAACAGGCAAACCUAAACGGCUACGUCGACCACCCCAUGACGAAGGUGCAACAGACGACUGCAAAUCGCAAACUUCUGCGAUACUUCAUUCACUCGAAUACAGCCUUCAUUAAUGCCAACAAUAUCUUUCUGGCUGACUUCACAAAUGAAAUCUGUCCCUCAUUCAACAUUGCCUCCUGCACUACAAUGUCAACUCUUCUUCUCGACGCCGAAUUCAGCGAUGUCCAUCUUGGGAUGGUCAAAGAGUUGACCACUUGGCAGCGAAGCGGGACAUUGCUUAUAGAUGGGUGCGAGGAUAUCUUACACCGCUCCUUGUAUGGCACUGCAGCUGCUCGUGUUGGGGAACCCACUAUUGUGAUGGGCUUAAAGGACCUGACUGGAUCACGGGGAAGCGCGGAGAAGAUACUUGAGGCAGCGCAGGACUCGAUGAAGAGGAUGGGAAUCAAGAACGCAGGUUGCUUUCUUGCUGCUGUCACCGACAAUCCAAUGGUGAUGAAGGCCGUUCGAAAAGAAGCUAGAGAACAAGUACAAGUGGUUAAUUACCUUGGCGUGCUGGGCUCAUGGUCUCAACACACUUAUUGGCGAGAUUUGUCGCUACCCACCUCGCAUUAUUGGGGUGGGCAGUUGAAGACCAUGGCUGCACUAGAAAACAUUAAUCGUGGGCUGAAAAAGAACUGUGAUUCCCAAUGGUACGCACUGAUUCUGCUAUUGCGCAGCGUCUCUGCAUACCAGGUUCCACUCAACACCAUUGUUGCUCGUCCCAACGCUCGUGUCCAAACCAAUGGCUUUUCCGUCAUAAAUGUCGAUGUUGUUCGCAUUAUCCGAGACCCCGAUGAUUGCUUCUGGUCAACAAUCAGCCAGAUAAUUCGGGUCGCCAAGCCGUUUGUCGAUUCAAUUGCACAAUCAGAGGGUCGGAACGUCACUCUGGCUGAUUGUAUGCUGAAUUUCCUUGGGGCUGCGUAUCAGCUGGCAGAGCUUAAAGACGAGCCUGGAGAUGUUACCACAUUCAAGAGCCAUGCAUUUGCUGUUGUUGACAAGCGAUUUCGCAUGAUGGCAACUCCGAUCCACCAGCUCGCCCUCUUUUUGCAUCCAUUGUGUCGAAAGAAACAGCGCUAA